GUGGCUGCCAACGAUAAAAAUAAGGUCAACACAAACACAGCUCUACAUAAUCCCUUCACCACUGCCCAUUACUCAUAUCGGAGAAGACGAGGGAAAAUAGCUAGGGGAUACAUAAACAAAAAUCACUGUGUGAAAUUUCGGAUCAUCUCAGCUCUCAGAGCUCGCUCGCUCGCCUAAACAUGGGAGGCUGCGCGAGCAAACCUAAGGACUUGAGCACUAGGAAGCUGCCUUCUCCCGCUGUCAGGAAGCCACACGCCCCGCCUGAGCUACCUGUUGAGUCGCCACCGGCACAAGAGAAGAAAGGUGGAAACGAGGACAAGGAAGAAGCUUCUGAGGCAGCUCCGCCCAAGGUGAAGGAGCCGGAAACUAGUGAUCAGGUGGAGGUGGUGAAGCCAACGGAAGCUGAAGUUGAGGCAAAGGAGGUAACACAGGUAAAGGAGGAGAAAGAAGAGGUAGAAGCACCCAAGGAGAAGGAAGAAGAAACUAUUGUGCAAGAGGAGAAGAAACAAGAGGUUGUAGUGGUACCAAAGCAGGAGGUAGCAGCAUAAUCUUGUACCUAAAGGAGGCUAAGAAACAAGCAGCUAUUAUAUCUGAUGAGGAUGAUUAGUUAACCACCAUUAUAUAUAUUCCAUAAGUUUCUAGCAAUAGAGAUGUAACCUAAUUUCACAUGUGUGAAGCGUCACGGAUUUUGUUCAACACAUUCCACUACACUUUCCUAGGAUCACAAUUCACAAGCCAUCUUCAAACUUUAAACAAUCAAACUCCUUUCUUUAACUUUACUUCCCCUUAUAUUUUAGUAGAAUUUAAUUAACUAUACAAAAAUUACUUGUUGU